UGCAAGUGGUUGUUCAAAUGUAUUACUUUAUAGGGAUUCUGUUCCAGUUGUUCCAGGAGACAUCAUUCACUUGGAAGGGGAGUGUAGCUCUGGUACGUGGAUAAUAAACGAACAGUCUGGAUACCUGAUUCUUUACCCAGACCUGCUGCUUUCUGGCACUACGAUAUCAAGUAGUAUUCGAUGUAUGAGAAGAGCAGUGCUGAGUGAAAAGUUUAGGCGCUCUGAGUCUGGCUCACGCCAAAUGCUCGUUGGUACAAUUCUUCAUGAAAUUUUCCAGCAAGCGGUAACAAAUAACUUGGCCCGUGAAAAAGUAGAAGAACUAGCAAAGAAAACUGUCUAUGGACAAAAGUAUCUCAAAGAAAUGUAUCUCUUAAAUCUGAAACAAAAUGAAAUAAUGCAGGAAGUAGAAGAAUAUUUACCAUCAUUUCUUAAAUGGGCAGAAGACUUCAUGCGCAAUCCAGCUAACCAAAACAAAAUGCAACUAAAACUGUCAAGCAAUGGAAAAGUAGAAGAUUUCUCUUCCAAGAUAGAAAUUAUGGAUAUUCUAGACGUUGAAGAGACUAUCUGGUCUCCCAGGUUUGGGCUGAAGGGAAAGAUUGACAUUACAGCCAGUGUGAAAAUCCAUUGCCAGUCUGGAGUGCAGUCGAGGAUAAUGCCGUUAGAACUCAAGUCUGGCAAAGAAUCUAACUCCAUAGAACACAGAAGUCAGGUUAUUCUGUAUACGUUGAUGAAUUUGGAGCGGAAAGUAGAUCCUGAAGCUGGAUUUCUUCUUUAUCUUAAAACUGGCUCUAUGUAUCCUGUUUCUGGAACUCGUAUGGACAGAAGAGAAUUAAUUAAGUUAAGAAACCAGGUGGCCUUCUACUUAAUGCACAGUACACACAAAUCUGCUGUGGGAAGAAAGCAAACACAGCUUGCUGCUUUGCCUCCUAUAAUUGAUGACAAUCAAGCCUGUAAAUACUGCUCCCAAGCACAUAAUUGCUUUCUGUAUAGCAGAGCUGUAGAACAAAAGAUGACCAGUGCGUCUCUUCCUCCUGUUUUGGUACCCAUUAUUGAAAAAGAGACCCAGCACCUGAAACCCUCCCACUUAGAGUAUUUCAGCCUGUGGUAUCUAAUGUUAACCUUGGAGCUGCGAAGUGGAGAGAGUAAAAAGGGAUCUAAAAAUAUAUGGAUGAUACCUUCUCUGGAAAGAGAGAAGGCUGGAGAUUGUGUUGGGAACGUGAUCAGAACUGGUCAAGUGCAGGAAAUUUCUGAGGGGCAGUAUCUACAUUCUUUCCAACGUAAAAGUGGUGCAAUACCUGUAACAAAUCUCCUGGUUGGUGAUAGAGUGGUUGUGAGUGGAGAGGAAAACGGCUUACUUGGUUUGGCUGCUGGCUAUGUUAGAGAAGUCACUGUGACAAACGUCUCCUGUUUAUUGGGCAGGAAUUUGUCAAAGUUCCCAAAGAACACUGUAUUUAGAUUGGAUCACGAAGAAGGAGACUUUGGCAUAAGUGUCCCUCUUGAAAAUCUUUCCAAAUUGAUGGAAGAUUCCCCAGACAGCGAAAAGCUUCGCAACUUGAUAAUCGACUUCCACAAACCACGGUUUAUUCAGCAUUUGAGCUCUGUCCUUCCUCCUGAAGCAAAGGAAACUGUUGCAAAUAUUUUAAAGGGUCUGAAUAAACCUCAGAAACAGGCAAUGAAGCAAGUGCUGCUUUCAAAGGACUACACGCUUAUCGUGGGUAUGCCUGGAACGGGAAAAACUACUACAAUAUGUGCUCUAGUGAGAAUUCUUUCUGCUUGUGGCUUCAGUGUUCUUCUGACCAGUUUUACACACACUGCUGUAGACAAUAUCCUGCUGAAGCUAGCCAGAUUCAAAGUAGGAUUCUUGCGCUUGGGGCGAGCUCAGAAGGUUCAUCCAGAUAUACAUAAAUUUACGGAAGAAGAAAUUUGCAGGUCCAAAUCAAUUAAAUCUGUAACUGAUUUGGAAGAGCUCUAUAACAGUCAGCCAGUGGUUGCAACGUCUUGCAUGGGAGUAAAUCACCCCAUCCUUGUUCGGAAGCGGUUUGAUUUCUGUAUAGUUGACGAAGCUUCCCAAAUAAGUCAGCCCAUCUGUCUGGGUCCGCUUUUCUCCUCCAAAAGAUUUGUGUUGGUGGGGGAUCAUCAGCAGCUGCCUCCACUUGUACAGAAUGCAGAAGCGAGAGACCUUGGCAUGAGUGAAAGCUUAUUUAAGAGGCUGGAACAAAACCGGAAUGCUGUUGUCCAGUUAACUGUACAAUACAGAAUGAACAGUAAAAUUAUGUCACUGAGUAACACGUUAGUGUAUGAAGGCAAACUGGAAUGUGGCUCAGAGAAGGUGUCAAAGGCCACUGUUAACUUGCCAAACCUAAAAAAGUUGAAAGUGGAGCUUGCAGAUUCUUCAAAAAUAUGGUUGAAAGAAGUACUUGAACCAGCUACACCUGUGUGUUUUCUAAACACAGAGAAGGUCCCAGCACCAGAACAUGCAGAAAAAGGCGGUGUAAGUAACGUGACAGAAGCCAAAAUUGUUCUCUUCCUCACGUCCUUAUUUAUUAAGGCUGGCUGUAAGCCUUCAGACAUUGGUAUUAUAUCACCCUACAGACAUCAAUUAAAAACAAUCACUGACUUGAUGGCAAGACUAAAGGAGAGUAGAGUGGAAGUCAAUACUGUAGACAAAUACCAAGGAAGAGACAAAAGUAUCAUAAUUGUGUCUUUUGUUAGGAACAGCGAUGAUGAAAACCUUGGCGCCCUCCUGAAGGACUGGCGACGUCUUAAUGUUGCUAUCACAAGAGCCAAGCACAAACUAAUUAUGAUCGGUUGUGUUCCGUCCCUGUGCCGCUACCCUCCUUUAGAGAAGUUACUCUGCCAUUUACAAUCUGAAGCAAUGAUCUUCAAUCUUCCAGCAGGUGCUCAUGAAAGUAUCCAGAAAUGUAACAUUUUAUGACUGUAAAGAUCGGGAAUUUGACAGCUAUUUUCUGUAUGCUGCUGCAUGUAAAUAACUCAUCAGGGCGGUGUGAGUGCUGAUGUGCACAGUUUAAUCUGAGUCAAGUCAGACUGAAAUCGCAUCAAUUUUUUUCUUAAAGGUUUCCUUUCUGUAAAAAUGAUCAUCUAUAUGCCUUGCUUUAAUAAGCUGCUUGUUUUAGUACCUGCAUUUUUGCAGCAAACCAGAAGUAUGAAAUAUCCUGUUCCUUCAGGUACUGGAUAGCUGCUUCUUUAUUCACUUUUAUCUUAAUAGACAGUUCUCUGUAUAAAUGAAUGGAAACACUUGAGGAGGGAAUAAAUCAAUGCUGCUUUGAGUCAGUUUUCUAGGCUCCAUUUGAUUUUAAAGACUUAAUGUAGUUUACAUACAGCAGGCUUUUAUUAGCAUUCCUAAUUAAGAUAACCUGAUUCUAUGCAGUUUGGAGGAAAAUUAGGAAAAUUUUCCUUCUCUUCUUCAAAGCCUCAUGUUCCUAUUUAAAGAUUACAUCCACUUUUAAAAUACUGAACUUUUGUAUUUAUGUACAUAAUGUAAUUAAUCUCCUGAAGGUCCCUUGAUGACUUGUCUAAACCCUUUAUUUUGCAUAAAUCUGAGAAGUGUGAUACUAAUUUACUGGACUCCUUUUUAUGAGCUGAGGUAUUUAGAAAAUAAAUCUCUUAAAGUUCUGCUCAUUGAAGAUCAUAGUAAAAGUCCUGCUAGUUUCACUCCAUUUUUGAUCUCUAAUCUUUUCAUCAAAAAACAAGAAACAAAACUACAGAUGCAACUUGAUGAUCAAGAAGUUUACAUGCUUAGUGUCCCUUUAAAAAAGGAUAGCCUAUGUGCAAUACAAAGUAUCCUCUACUUGAUGGAUCUAUUUUAGUUUCCUUAUGCUACCUCAUACUGUACAAUCGUACUGAGUGAUUUCUUUCAAAGAUUACUGGAGCAAAUAUCAGGGGGUUUUUUUGAGUCCUUAAAAUCACUAGUAUUUGGGGGAUGUUUUUUCAAUGUCAAAUAGUUGAGCACAGAUUGUUGCAGAGAGACUUCUAGAUGUUAAAUGUGAGUAUCUUCCAGUUUUUUAACGUGUUCACCUGACUAUUGUAAUG